UUACUCUGCGCACCCGCAAGUUCAUCCGCAACCCCCUGCUUGCCCGCAAGCAGAUGGUCGUUGAUGUCCUCCACCCCAACCGUCCCAACGUCUCCAAGGAUGAGCUCCGUCAGAAGCUCUCCGAGCUCUACAAGGCCGACAAGGACCAGGUCUCCGUCUUCGGUUUCCGCACCCAGUACGGUGGUGGCAAGUCCACUGGCUUCGCCCUCAUCUACGACUCCAACGAGGCCAUGAAGAAGUUCGAGCCCCACUACCGUCUUGUCCGUGUUGGCAUGGCCAACAAGAUCGAGAAGGCCUCGAGACAGCAGCGCAAGCAGCGCAAGAACCGCAUGAAGACCCUCACCGGUACCGCAAAGGUCAAGGGUGCCAAGGCCAAGAAGGACAAA